CCACCAAGAUAUAAAAUCGCGAUAAAUACGUUUUCUCACACUGUGGGAAAUUUAUUUUAUGAAUGAAAUAACGAAGCCGAAAGACCUUUCAGUGAACCGGGAUUAAUUCAUAUUUGUAGACAAGAUGGGUUUUCUUAGAAUUCUUCUCGUGUGCUUGACUUUUGUAAUUUAUUUCGUGUCUUGUGAUGUAAUUAUACUGGAUCCGCAACCGUUGGGGCCCGAAGCACCAAUAUGUACCUCAUACAGUGGCCUAUGUCACUUGGCCUACAACCUCACGGACUUAAACUCCUACCAGGUGUGGCACAGCGCACAGGAAAUAUGCCGUUGUCCUAACAACCAAGAAUGCGAAACUGAUUGGUUUUCAUCCUCCCGGUCUGUGACGAAAGUUUUCAGAAAUGCAGGUCAAGAGGUCGAAGUGAAAAUCAGUUACUGUGAACUGGAGCAGCCGGACACAGUCUGUCGCCAAGAUGAGGUCGCCAUGACCACGCGGGGCAGGGGAGCCUUCACGUUUGAGAUUGUGUCCGACUUCCGGUGUCGGUGCUAUCGGUCUUUGUACGCUCACCGGUCAUGGCGAGAGGGAGAUUACGAUUACAUUGAAUACUCCUGUGGAAAGCCUCGUUGUGGAAUGAACCGCCUACCUUCCUCGGAGUGUGAGCGAGUAACAUGGAACGGCGCAUCGGAUAUGUUUAUCAACGAUUACAUUUGCCGCUGUCGACGGAAGGAGGAAUGCAUCAGUGACGGCACUUUACCGACGGAAGACCAACCGGUCAUCUCGCGCAGCUGUCAACCACUUCCGUAUCAACCGCGUCGCCGUCGUCAGCACGGCAAUCGGAACUGAUAACAUACGUCUCAGCAGAAACUGUUGACUGUUGCAGUCAUCCAGAUUUGUUGACUGCUUCCAAGAUUAGGGAUACUUAGUUGUAAUCAUGUUUGGAGUAACUCCUUAGGGGAUGGGGAUUGUUGGACGUUAUUGGGUAUAAUAUUAACAAUCGAUUUUCCCUAACAAGUCGAUAAAUAGCAAAUUAGCAAUGUCCACUGCUAAAACAAGGACAUACUAGUUGUUCAGCGUAUAAGGACAAACUUGGAACUGAUUUUAUUAUUAUUAUUUUGUUAAAUAUAUGGGCAUGUUUUUUUUUUUAUGAAACGUGUAUGAAUUAUUGAGUUGUAGUCCGCUGAACUAUCAAUACAAAUUUAUAAUGAAAACCA